AUGCCUGAAUUGCUAUCAUCAUCAUCAACCAAAAGUCGGAAACGGUUGAAAGGAAAAGUUUGUUGUGUCUGUGAUUCACAACAUGAAAAGUGGACCAAAGGAUUUUUGUUAAACAAUGAAGGAGCUAAAGUGGCUUCACUUUAUUUCCAAAAGCCCAGUAUUAGAGCUGAUGAGUAUUGUUGCAAUAUAAAGUAUUUGAAAUUGAAAAAGCAUUACCAAAGUGAGAUUUCAAAGAAAACAGGAAGGCCAAUAAACGAAACUACCAGUUCGAAGAAGAGAAAAGAAACUAAUGAUAGUGCAAUGCAAACAGUGCCUCUACAACAAAGUCUUCAACAAUUUCAAGAUAAUCCAAACCAAACAGUAGAAAUUCACUUUCCAGAAAAUGGUAUUAAAAGUACACUAGUCGUUCAUCACAGCAAAUAA